AUGCCUUCUAAAGAGGAAAGAGAGAAGAUAGCCCUAGCACUUCAGGACGGAGAUGAUGUUGUGCUCGCCGAACUGGGCUACAAAUCAGAGUUCAAACGGGAGUUCAAGCUUUAUGAAGUCGUAUUCUUUGCCUUCUCAAUUAUGGGCGUCAUUGCUAGUGUCACCUCCACUUGGUCAUUCAUGCUGGUUUCAGGUGGUCAUGUUGGUAUGGUCUGGGGAUGGAUCAUCCCGUGGUUCUUCGUCCUUACGAUUGCCGCCUGUAUGGCCGAGUUAGCUAGUAGUAUGCCUACGAGCGCGGGGCUGUAUUACUUCGCGGCCCGCAUGGCACCUGCACAUUGGGCACCCCUUGCAAGUUGGAUCACCGGAUGGGCGAACGUUACAGGCCAGAUUACACUUGUAUGCUCGAUCGACUUUACCUGCGCCCAGAUGAUAACAACGGCAAUAUCCGUUGGCUCGGAUGGUGCCGUAAACCUCGGAGCUGCGCCUACCUGGGGCAUUCUUCUUGCCAUCCUCUUCGCACACGGAAUUGUUUGCAGUUUGGCUACCCAAUUCCUCGCUCGCAUUAACGUGUUUUAUGUUGUGGUGAAUCUCCGUAUAGUUGGCACUUGUCUUGCCGCAAUCGUCUGUCUCCUCGUUGGCGCUGGGCCAGAAAACCGUGUUUCCACCGCAGACGCGUGGACUUUAUUCGAAAACAACUCCGGAUGGACGAACAAUGGAUGGGCUUUCAUGCUCGCUUUUACGGCUCCUAUGUGGACAUUGACCGGAUACGACUCUGCAGCUCAUAUCUCAGAGGAAACUUCUGGGGCUUCAAAAGCCGCACCUAUUGCGAUUCUCGUCUCUGUAUUCUGUACGGGCAUCAUUGGUUGGCUCAUCAACAUCGCGGCAUCCUUUGCAACAACUUCGGUUGCCGAGAUCUUGACUACUACUUUACCCUUGCCUCUCGGGCAGCUCUUCCUGAACUGUAUAGGCAAACGUGGGAUGUUUGCUGUUUGGAGUUUCAUUAUUAUUGUACAGUUUGUAACCGGUGCCGCGCAGGGAGUCGAUGCGUCUCGAGUCGUCUUCGCCUUCGCACGUGAUAAUGCAUUGCCUGGUUCUCGUUGGCUGAAACAGAUCAACCCGCACACAUUCACGCCCAUCAAUGCUGUAUGGUUCGUCAUGUUUUGGGCGGGUAUUUGUGGACUUCUAGGAUUCUCCGCUGCGGCACUUUCCAGUCUGGCAGGUGCUUCCGUUCUCGGACUGUACCUCAGCUACGCAACCCCGAUAUUCCUUCGGAUCACUUCUGGGCGCAACAAGUUCAAACCAGGUUGGUUUUCGCUGGGAAGUUGGGUGACACCGCUUGGUACUAUAGCUGUGUCCUGGGUCACCUUCAUAUGGAUCGUUCUCGUCUUCCCUCCUUCCGAGGCACCUACUGCACCAACAAUGAACUACGCUGUCGUCAUCGUAAUGGGCGUGGUAUUCUUUGCUGGAGGAUGGUGGAUUAUCAGUGCACGUAAAUGGUUCACCGGGCCUAUUGUCAACGUGAACAAGGAAGAGGUUAUUGAAAGAGCACUUAGCCAUGCGGAGAAGACUGGGGAGGAUAUGGAGAUCGUCCGAGAGGUCUCAGACAAGUCCGAAUGA